AAUAAAAACAAAAUAAAAAUAAAACAUGACAACCACGACGGCGACGAGAAUGUUGUGGAGAGGCCUAUGUAUUAUCGUCCCUCUUCUCUUCGUCUCCGUCAACUGCCAACCCUUAGAUAAAUCUGCCGGUGAUGGCAACUUAAAGAAUAAAGGCAUUGCUGAAAAUAUUGUUAGUGCUGAGACUAAUUAUAAGGGAAAGUGGGAGCUGUUUUCUCCAAAUUCCGGUGUGUCGGCCAUGCACUUGAUUCUUCUCCCCAAGACGAACAACUCGUUGAUGUUCGAUUCCACCAUCUUUAAGACAUCGAGGUUGAAGUUUCCGGAUCCGCAUUGCCAAAACGUCGUUAUACCCAAUGGUCCCGUUGAGGAACAUUGCUUUGCGCAUUCGGUUCUCAUGGAUUUUGAAACAGCAAAGGUUAAGCCACUCAAGUUUAAGUAUGAUACUUGGUGUUCAUCCGGUGCUCUUGACGUGAAGGGACGGUUAGUAAGCACUGGUGGGUCUGAUAAAGGCUCCGACACCGUCAGAAUUCUCGAUAAAUGUGACGACUGUCAAUGGAAAGAAUAUCCCGGCACACUUGGAAAUGGAAGAUGGUAUUCAACACAAGUAACCUUAGGCGACGGUAGAUUCAUGGUGUUCGGCGGUCGUGAUUUCCCGACAUACGAAUUCGUUCCUUCAGAAGGCCAUCGCAACUCCAAAAACCAAGUCAUCGAUUUCAAGUUCCUUCGAGAAACCCGCGAUCGCGUCGAGAACAAUUUGUACCCUUUUGUUAAUCUCCAUACAGAUGGAAACCUCUUUAUUUUCGCAAACAACCGUUCGGUUCUCCUCAAUCCGAAGACUAACUUGAUCGUCCACGAGUUUCCAGUCCUCCCCAACGGUGCCCGAAGCUAUCCUGCUUCGGGAUGUUCUUGUAUGCUUCCGAUCACGCUUCAUCCCGACGAGAAACGUCCUGUCAUCCCGGCCGAAAUCUUGGUAUGCGGAGGCGCGGCACAUGACGCUUUUACGUUGACGGAUUUGAAUCGACCCAAAGUGUUUCCCCCGGUGACCAAGGACUGUGGUCUCAUAGAUAUCAGCGAAAUGCAGAAAGCUAACUGGAAGAUCCUGCAAAUGCCGUCGCCUCGUAUUUUGGGCGACGCCAUGGUUCUUCCGACGGGAGAUGUUCUUCUCGUCAACGGCGCCAAGAGUGGCUCCGCUGGGUGGGAUGAUGCGAGGGACCCUAAUAUGGUCCCCGUUUUGUAUAAUGUCGCCAGUUACAAUUUUAAAGAGCUUAAUCCUUCGACUAUUCCACGUAUGUACCACUCAACGUCGGCAGUUCUCCCCGACGGGAAAAUCCUCAUCGCCGGGAGCAACACGAACGACGGAUACUUGGAUGUCGCCCUCUUCCCCACCGAGACCCGUGUCGAAAAAUUCUCGCCGCAUUACUUUGAUCCAGCAUUGGACCCUUUCCGAACCGAGAUUUUAUACGAGAAGGCCAAGAGACUCAAUUAUGGAAAGCCGUUCAAGGUGCGAGUCCGUGGUGGCGAUCAGAAUCUUGACAUGAAGAAGCUUCAAGUGAAUAUUUACAAUCCGCCAUUUACGACACACGGUAUCUCGAUGAAUCAAAGGAUGAUUAGGCUUGGAAUUUAUGAAGUAAAGAAAGACGGCGCCGAAAAGGAUGUCUCCGUCAUUUCUCUUCAAGCACCACUCAACGGCAACAUCGCUCCGCCCGGUUAUUACAUGCUGUUCGUGGUUUAUAAUGGGGUGCCCUGCCGCCGUGCCAUGUGGGUUAACGUGAACAAGUAAGCCCUCUCGUUUAGUGCUCCGGUUCAACAAAGACUUGUAAAUUCAAUGUCUCGUCACUGAGAUGCAAAUUUGCAU